AUGUUCCACAGCGGAGACGAGGGGCCGGUGUAUUACAGAGAAAUACAAAAAAAUGCUUACCUUAAGAGAAUACCAAUUGAGAGCAGUGGGAAAUUACGACCGCUCGGCAAUAAGAAACAGCCAUUGAAGCCAAUGUGGACAUUAUUUUGCAUACACAAUGGCAGGGUGCCGUUCUUAGAGCAAUAUCCCGAACCAAAAGCUACUCUCACUCACCAGCCUACUUGGAGAGUAUGUUUGAAAACCGCCAGACAUGUUACAGCAAGUGUGAAACCUCAUCUGGGAGAAGAAUAUGAUUUCCUCGUUGAUACGGAUCAUGGACCUAUCAGGAUGCUGGCCCCUAAUUGGGACUCAAUGCAAGACUGGGUGUCCAUUCUACGUACGAAGCUUCACGAACUCCGAAUAGUCUCUCCUGGUGAGAAUGUAUACUGUUCACCACCGGCUGCGCUGCCACCGCGUGCUGCGGCGAGAGAUCCCACAUCCCCACUACCACCCACACCGCCUGUGCCACCGGAUAGGGUACCAGGAAUCGAUUUGACUCCAAUAACAAGAAAUCUAGAACCCAACACUAGUGACACAAACAUCACUAACGAGGCUGAACGGAACGAAUCAGUGACAUCAAUCACAAAUCAGCCGUCAAACCUGACGUCACUAUCAAAUAUGACAUCAAUGACAUCAGAUAUAAAUGAUUCUGACGUAGAUAUAUCGAAUUGGGACGCGUAUCCAUUGCCAAGCACGAGCAGAGACGAUACUAGAACGAUUGCCAAGAUAUGCGGACAGAAUAUAUGUUUAGAUGAUUCAAUACUCAAGAGGAAUGUUAGUGAGAGUGAUGAGGAGUUCUUCAAUGAGAUAGAUGAGAUUAAAGACGACUGCGAGUACAAGCAACGACUGGUUGUUAGCGAGGGAGACGGACAGAGUACCGCAAAUAUAUCAAGAAACAACGUGACAGUGAUCCAAGUAUCAAACAAGACUCCGCACACCGCGAUACCAGUGUUGGGUGAAAACGUGUUCGACUUCGAAUUCAAACAGAAAUUAACGAUAAAACCGGAAAAUAACGAUUUCGUGAACAUCGUAAACACAGAAAACCGGAACAGCUACGGCACUGUUUACGUCGAUGAUUACAGGCACGUCCCUACAACUGUCAACUUGACAGGCGAUGAGUCGAAUGACGCGGGAAAUGUCAAAGUGACAGCUGCCGGGCCGAGUACAGAUAAUAAUGAAGUCAACGUCAAAAUGACAGAUGGCUCGACAGUGACAGAUGUAAAUGUCAAUGUGAUUGAAGAUUCAAACGCUAGGGAUGUCAACGGUUUAUACGAGCGGUUAUGCAUGGCUUCAACCUCCAAUAGGGCUGCCUCUCCGCUGUCAAUACGAAAAGUGAUUAACGAGAAUAAGAUAAGAAAAUCGUCUCUACCCAAUCUAGAUAUAGCCGAAUCGACUUACGAGUAUCUAUAUCCUAAUAAUUCUAAUACCGAUGUCAUAGUUAAUAGCAAUAUUGAGAGGAUUAAUGUUGGUAGUGACAACCCUAAUACAAGGGUGAUAAGGUCGAAUAUAGAAAGGUCGCAGAGUCAGAACGCAUACGAUAUAAGUCCGCGGCGAAGAAUACAGAAUAAUAGCCCUAAGAGAGAUAAUAAACAAGAAAAAUCGGAACAACAACAACAGAAACCGGUGUGGAAAAGAGGUUUGACCGAACUGUCGCUGUUGAGCCGAUUGAGAGGAAUCGGUCAGAAGAGGCAGGAGAGUCCGAAUAGACAAGAGGAGAGAGUGACUUCAUCAGUGAAGGUAGUCCACCGACCAAGAACUCCAGCCAGAGACAAUGUUAGGAGGAGAAGCAGCUCACUUAAUAAUAGUCCCUCCCCUCCCGGUCCGUCGCCCCUCCAGCCCCUCCGUUGUCGGCAGGCGGCCGCGCUGAGAGCGGACCAGGGGCGCGGAGCUAGUGUUACAUCCGUGAGGGUUAAGGACGCGCCGCUCAUGUGCGAGUAUGAGAGGAGCGUGUGGGUCGCUCGUUGGGGUUCCAAUGGGUUCCGUAUAUCUGGUCGUUCAGGUGAUAGAGUCGCGGGGAUAGCAGGUUCGACUCCCAGCUCGCUCACACACGCGAGGAACUUGAUUAGGAAUGCUCAUACGUCGUUUAUAGACAUACUAUUUCACCGGGUUCCCCUCGCUAAGAUAUACGUCAUCAACAAGAGAGAUAAAGAAAGUUUGGGUAUAAAGUUGGACAAUGAAUGUACUAUAACAUCAAUAGCGGCGGAGUCGCCAGCUAGCCGGGCAGGGCUGCCAGCGGGUCGGUGGGCCGUCACGGAAGUUAAUAAUCGACCUAUAAAUAUAGUCAAGGGUGGUGAAGAAGAAAUGAACAGAAUCUCUUUCCACGGCACAGAAGUGUCAAUAUUAAUUCAACCGUCGGGACUGGUCAAGAAAAUGAGAUCGGCUUUAAAAGGAAGACAGCUACUAGCAAUACGGUGA